AUGGUGGUCCAUCCCAAGUACAAGCUUCCAUCAAGAUCUUUCCUCACAAAACAGAUGGAGAAAAAAUAUGAAGUCAUCAAAGCCAAGAUAAAGCAGGCUCUACAAGAGACUGACAGCAUUGCACUCACUACUGAUAUUUGCACAGGCAUCUCAAUGGAGGCUUAUAUGGGGGUGACAUGCCACUAUAUGGGGAAGAACUGGAACAUGGUGUCCCACUCCCUGACGACGAUGCCCCUUGAGGAGAGACACACAGCUGCAAAUAUGGCAGAGUGGAUUGAGGAGGUGAUUGCCAAAUUUGAAAUUCCAGCAAAGAAAAUCAUAGCAGCGUAG